AUGGCAACCAGAACAGAGACCACUUACCAAGUCACGCGGAUAACCCGUACAAUCUCCAAACCCUUCGACGAUGUCGUCGAACGUCUACACUCCAGUAUCAAACAACCCAGUGGAACAGGCCUUGGAAUCCUCAACCAUAUGGAAUCCAAAGAAAAGUUCGAACAAGCCACUAAUGAGGCUCUGGGACCUCAUGGUUUCAUGCAAUUCCAACAAUUCAACCAUGGUGAUUGGAUGAAGCUAUACGGCGUGAAUGGAGGCCGCAAAGUGGCAAGAAUUAUCUUCGGCAAUCCCCAGAUCGCCAUUACGAUGUUGAAACAUGAUGUCAGCGCUGGGUUGUUUGUGCCUGUAGAGGCUCUGAUCAUUGAGAGGGAGGAUGGCAAAGGCACAGAUGUCGUUCAAUUGAAGCCAAGUACCUUGAUUGCAGGCGCGGAGAGUUCGGGUGACGAGUUGAAAAAGGCAGCUGAGGUUCUGGAUGGAAAAUUGGAGAAGCUGUGGGAGUAUGUUGCGGAGUGA